CUUCUGUUGAGAGACUAGGGUAGUUCUGUCUGUCUGAUGUGUACCACGUUGAACUUGUGAUCUAUGAGAGCAGAGAGACAGAUGUGAUGAAUCGGAACCACAAAAACGAGGGAUGAUCGGCUGAGCUUGGCAAAUAAGAGAUGUACUCGAUCUGGUCGUCAUUGAUUUAGUUGGCCCUUCUACUCCGCUUCUACGUAGCACACGUCUCGCAGUAACGAACGUUCGCCGUCUUUCGUUGGCCUCGAUGGUUAUCAUUCGCAAUUUCUUAAAUCAAUCUUUUGUAGGGCUCGUUUCGUUCUUUGGAUUUCUCGAGGUGCAUUCCCGUACAACGAGUAGUCAAGGUCUCUAGUCGUGGUGCACUACAUUGCUACGGAAGCAGCUGAAAAGCCAAUCUGUUGAGAAGCUACGUGAUUUCUUCACAUUCUACAUUAAUCUGUUGAGAAGCUCCGCGUUUCCUUUGUUGAGGUGUGAUGCUUUGGAUUGAGUGAAAAAAAAUUGAGUGUCGCCUUCUGUCCUGCAAACUCUGCUGAGGUAAGCACUCAAUUUCCAUAAAGGGGAAGGACAGUCAGUGAUGAGCCUUCUAAGUCGCAUAAAUUUAUUAAGCAACUAAAAACAAAAAAUUCAGCUGACAGUAAUUAAGUAGCCUCUUCUUAUAGCAGGCAUUUUCUAUGAUUUUCCCCUCCUCUCUGCGGUGUGCUGCAAAUCUAGAUUGGCUUCUUCCUUUCCAUAAGGUUGCGGUUUAGGUCCAGCGGCGCUCAAGGCACUAAUUAACGCAGCCGUUUAGUUUUUACCUCUAGAGGUCUAGCCCUUCCAACAAUUUACAUUCUACAGCUAUUCCGCCUUCUUUUUUUUCCCAUACAAUUACCUAGAGGUUUGAAAAGAAGAAUUAGGAAGGUUGAUAGAAGCAACGCAAAGGAAGAUAACCAAAGUAGCACUUCGAUACGAGAAGUAUAUCCAUCAGUUCUGGGGCCUUUCUCCUUCCUGUUCCUGUGUACUUACUUGCUUCUAGGCUUCUCCUCAGGAGAUAACUGCGUAUUGAAAUAAGUCACUUUUUCUACAGACGCAGAAAAUGAGUAGUCCACAAAAUCCUUUUAGGACUUUCAACAUUAAAAUCGCGUGCCUCGUGGGCUCGGACUGGAACAAGAAGCCUCAAGGACUGAAUUUUCUUCGUAGAGUUCUAGUGGACGAACCUGAGAAGGAAAAUCUCCGCAAGAGCACGCUGCGUCAUGCAGCGGAAGCGCUCUGGAAAGAGCUCCAGAACCACCCGCCGCGAGUUUUCGAGAACUUCGAGAUGCAGUUGCUAGAGACCUUCUUAUCGAACGCAAACUUGAUGUGGAAGACCUUGAAUGGUAAUAUCUACUUCUAGUAAAGACUUUUAUUUUAGUACUAAAGUUCAUACUAGUACAUCUAGAAGUAGAACACAAUAAUCUUGAAGGACGUUGACAGGCAGGACAAGACGCAUUUCCAAGGUUUCAACUUCCUUUAGAAAGAUGAACACUUCAACAAACCAAGACGACUUUGCGAUCCAUUUUUCUCUACCCCACUCACAGAGUUCCGAGAUAGGAGGCUGGCCUACAUAAAAAAAUCGGGUGGUGAUGAUGUUGAAAUGGGGUUUUGCUCACGUAUGAUCCUCGAGGAGAUGCUAGACGAGGCCUCAGGGUGCCAGUUAAUGGCGGACAAGCUGGACCAGUUAGCCUGCCGUAGCACACCUAGAGGAAGCCUCGACCUGGUUAGAGGGACUGAAAUGUAAGCGUUUAAGCUAAUAAUCCAGUCCCUGAAUGUGGUGGCGCUAAUGAACACCAAGAUCCUGAAACCUUUGAGCAGGAAGGCCAUCAGGAUAAGGCUCACGGAUCGCGAUAACGCUUCAAGAUCCCAGGCAAAUGAAUCCCAUGAAACCGGUGACACCAAUAAGGUCCCCGAUGCAGCUCCCCCCUAAGUUCAUGCAUAUGCCAAAAGCAUUGGCCGGCUUGAUUUGUAUGAACCUCAAGGCCUUAGUUACAGGCUUAGGGGUUUAGGCUUUUGCAUUUAUAUAGAGUUCCGAUUAGGAUCGACGCGGAGCAGUAUAGAAGUCUAUUCCUUAUCGUGUUCGUAUUCUAAUAUGAAACAAAGCCGGUAGGCUUUGGCGAGUUUGUCUUUGCGAAAGCCCAUCUUGUGCACACACGGCGGCAUCGUAACCACCAGUGGGAAAAGGAUUGGGAGGAAGCGGUAUGACUUACUUAAUUCCUUACUUUCUCAAUUUCAAUAGCAAUACUUUUUUUUAGAUGCGUACUACACAUGAACAAGUCACGGACGUCAUGCUCUUUACGUAACAAUCAAUUCCAGUAAAUUCAUUGAGGAAGUACAACACGCAUUCCACGGCAUAACUGAACCUCAUGAAUACUCAAUACUAAAAAUCAGGAGAAAUCAUGGAAAGCGAAGGAGGAGCAGGGGGAGCAAGCGAUGGAUAAUGGAAGCUUUUUACAACAAAUGGCGUCUGACGAUUCUCAAUUUGGGUCUGCAGCGGUCCGCCACGUCACGCAAUUGGAUGCCACCUCUCUCGCGUUAUGCUCCGUCUGCGCCUUUGCCGCGAUGCUCUUGCUGAGAUUGUGCGCCAGGCGUUGCAAGCGCGGCCGCGGAGCGCAAGUGGGCAAUCGCGCUCCUUCGUCGAGGUACGGCACAUUGCUGCCAGUAUCCAAAGCCGAUGGCGAGCACGUGGGCCAGUGCUAAUGCAUAGCGCUCUGUCGGACUUUUCGGAAAAUAGGAGAAGUAGUACUACAGGUACUAGGAUUCCACUAAGAAAUGAGUCUCAUUACACGUAAUAAGGCUGCCUCCAAUCCAUCUCUUCUACACUAGGGAAGAUCCCUCUACUGGUAAAUACAAGGGAUAUGCCUGAGGGAUCCCCGCAGAGACGAAUUAGGGGCAGCUCGAAUCUUAGCCCGAAAAUGAUGCAUGUCGGAAGAACAAACGCUAACCCUCUCAGCAACAUAGUAUAAUUCCUAGAUCGUAGUAGAACAUAACCAUCCAAAACCUCCAAGAGAUCAUGAAUAGACCUAAUUUCCUGACAUCAAGACUCCUACCUUCAAUCCCAAUUUCGUUCUACCGAUUUCAUUCUUCAGCAUAGUUCUUCUGUCUACUUAACUCAUUGAAGAAGAUAUUCUUGAAGUUUAUACUCUCCCUCUUCUCAACGUCGUAGUUUGAUGUGAUUGACAAAAUGUUCGUCCCAAAAUAACAAAGGUGCAAAGCAACCGCAGUUUCUGGGAGGUGGAUAUCAGAGCAUCCUAAGGAGGAAUAGAAUGACGUGCACCCGAUGGGUGCAGGAACCAUGGUCGGAGGUGGUGCUACUUGUUGGACUGUAAGCUAGCUACUAACUAUACAGUUCUGUCGGAAUUGGGACAAAAAUCGAGGGUGGAGUUGAGGCGUACAGCUACAGUUACACCACAUGUAGCAGGUCACACUGCAAGACAGUCGAGGAAUUUAUAGACAACUAAUAUGAAAUAUCAGAGUUCGAGACUCACAUAAUUACAAUUAUAGGGGAAUAAGUAUGUAGACGCGGCACCACACGACUUAGAGGUAGUCACAUUGGUUAGUAUCUAUAUAUUCGAAAUGAUAAUGAUUAAGAUUUCAAUCAAUACCAUUGUACAAUCGUUUGAAUCACUGAAUAUCCACUGACUUGGGAAAUAGCACAAAACAUAGAAAACUGCGGGAAUCAUAGAAAUACUGUCAGGCCACGUCUCUACGGUCAUCAUGAACGAUGGCAACAGGGACAACAGCAUGCAAUAGCACAAAAUGAAAAAAAGUAAUACUGUGCACGACCUUACUGAUCAUGCUGAACAAAUAUGUAAGAUACUUGAAAAUGUAUUGUAUGCUCGUCGUGGUAUCGAAGAUAUUAUCGUAGAUAGAAUUCGACCAGAGUUUUGAUUUGAAGUAGGGCACAUCUACGGCGAAGGUACUUCUGUAUAUAUCCUAAUUGGAUCAGACAGUUAUCAUAUUUACAUGCUGUAGUCCUACAUAAAGAUCUUGAUCUUGGUAAGGACGGGCACUCACAUCGUGGGUCUUCUUCUGAUGUUAGGAAAAGACCUUGUCGCCACGCUCUAGGAUCUUCCGGGUUCAAGCAGGUGCCAGGGUCUAAAUUGGGCCUCGAUGAGUAGCUGGGAAAGAAUGACGAGCGUUAUAGAAGAAUUUGUAGCGUACGAAUAUCAAUCUAUCCGUUGGCAAUCCUGUUUUUGACAUUGAUCGAACAAGUAGAGCAAAAAAUGGAGGAUAAGAUGCGGAUGGAGCGACUUGCUAGAUUCGUGGCUAGGUGGGUUAACGGCUGGACUCAGCGCGCACACGAGCUGCCGUCUAGCAGUAGAGCCAACGUUCUGGCGACAGCGAGGCAAGUGAUUAGAAAAAGAGAAAGAACGCUUACGUCAUCAAGCAGCACCACUCAUGUUGGAGGAGGACGACCUGGGUCAGAUUCAUCGAUAGCGAGGGUGGGAACAAGACGCUGCUGCGCGGAACCCGGACCCCAAUAAGUUAAGCGGUCACCCCGACCCAACUUAGUAGCAGAUCACUCCCGGCCCUGCAUCACAGCACAAAGACAACUUGCCGCGCGCUUCUCCUUGCAUGGUAGACCCCCCACCGAAGUCGCGCUACUGUUUUGUUUUGGAUUUUUUUUGGUUUUUUGUGGCUGUCAAAGAGCAUCGCUCUCGUCUAUAAAGUUCUGGCACUUAUGAUCUCACGUUGAGCACGUUAUUAUUUUGGUAGUGCUGUGAAUGCUGGAUGCAAGGAAGACAUAAAGUAAAGCAUCUUGUCGUUUGUUAAUAUCGGGCAGAAGGAAAAGCGUGUCGGUCCAUGUCAUCUGCCGAAGACGUUAGUCAUGUCGGUAAGCGAUCGGUCUCUUUAACCUAUCGGUCUGUUUAUGUACCUGCCGCGUCUCUACUCGGGUCGCAACGAAACCAAGGAGCCCCUCGUGGCUGCUACUUGGUUCGGCUGAAUGAAUGAAUAUAUUAAUAUAAGUUGAUCAAACUACUAAGCCGUGACAAAUCGAUGGAUAUGAA